UUCAAAAGAUUCAAGUCUAGUCGUGGGUGGUGCAGUGAUAUUUUGAGCUCCACUUCCAUCCUAGACUGAGUUUCUGCAGACCAGUGCGAAAGAUACUUGACUGCUUUGAAUUUGACAUACAUUUCAAAAUCAUGGCUUACCGUGGACCUUCCUACGGACUUAGUGCACAAAUUGCGAAUAAGAUUGCUGCCAAAAGAGACAAACAACUAGAAGCAGAAGUGUUGGAGUGGAUACAAGAAAUUUUAGGGGAAAACUUACAAAACGGUCCUUAUGAAGAAAUUCUCAGGGACGGCAUUGUAUUAUGCAAGCUGAUGAAUCAACUCUCACCAGGUAUCAUCAAAAAGAUCAACUCAUCUGGAGGCCAAUUCAAGAUGAUGGAAAACAUUAACAAGUUCCAAGAAGCAACUAAAAAAUAUGGCGUAGCUGAGAUUGAUGUCUUCCAAACAGUCGAUCUCUGGGAACGCCGAAACAUUCCCCAAGUCACACAGUGCAUAAUGGCACUUGGCAGAGCGUGCUAUCUACACCCUGAAUUUCCUGGACCUUUCCUCGGACCCAAGCCCUCUGAAAAGAAUGAAAGGGAGUUCACAGAAGAACAACUGAGGGCUGGCGAAACCAUAAUUAAUUUACAAUAUGGCACGAACAAAGGAGCCAAUCAAAGCGGAAUCAAUUUUGGCAACACAAGGCACAUGUAACUCUGAUUCGAAAGUUGUAAAAACUAUUUUAGUUUCUCCUUGUGUAUGUCAUUAGAAAAUAAAUUUUUGUAACAGUG